CGACAUCCCGACACUGAAUGUCGAAUUCGAGCGGUGCAUCUCGCCUGAGUUGAGGCUUGCGUGUCUCAACUGGACGAACUUGGUACGUCAAGUAGAUCCCCUCGAUAGCGAGAUUCAGUCUGCUCUGUUCUCCUUGCAACCCAUUCUUCCGUACUGGGUCGCCGUCAUGUCAUUCAUGGGAGAACUCGACCGAGCACUUGUUUGUCUGGAUGAUCUAUGCGAAUGGCUGGGAGAGAAAUCUACUUCAAUGCGGGCUCUGUACGACUUGGUCGAAAAAUAUAAAGACCCACUCGCAGCGUCUAGUUUAUCCAUCUUCGCUUACCGCCACCCUUCUAUUCCGCCGUCCAGCCGUUCUCAUGUGCUAUCUGCCAUCGAGGUCGUGGCCGGGUGCUGUGCUCUCGAUGAUUUGCCUCAGGAGUGGCGCUUCCGACCCAAUUCCGACAUUCCGACACUGAAUGACGAAUUUGAGCGAUGCAUUUCACCUGAACUGAAGCUUGCGUGCUUCCAUUGGAUGAACUUGAUAUGCCAAGCAGAUCACCACGACAACAAAAUCCAGUCAGCACUAUCCUCCCUACAGCCUAUCCUUCCGUUCUGGAUUGUUGUCAUGUCAUUCACGGGACAACUUGACCGGGCGCUUGUUUGUCUGAAUGAUCUGUGUGAAUGGCUGGGGGAGAAUUCUACUUCGACACGGGCCCUUUAUGACUAUGUAGCAAAAUAUGAGAACCCACUCUCAAUUUCGAGUUUGUCGAUUCUUACUUAUCACCAUUCUUCCCCUCAACCGCCCGUUCUACCACGUACACUAUCCCCCCCCAUUGUAUCGUCUGGGCGCAGCGUCCUCGACAACCCCACCUCUCUAUGGCGCUUCCAGACCACACUGAGUGGGUGGAUUGGAGGGCGUUCUUUCGUACUUCUUCUUUUUCCGAUUUUCGUCGUUUGGUUUGUUAAACAGACCCCCGUUUAUUUUUUUUUCUCUUCUCUUUUUGCUUUUCUCUUUUCUCUCUUUGCCGUCACUUUCUCUUUUCUCCUUUUCCUUUUCGCUCUUCUUCUCCCUCCUUUCUUGGUGGAACGAUUCGGAACUUAAGCGCUUGUGUGCUGUGCACCACGAGUGUUAGCGUAUUUCCACUACCCCAUGCAGGACUAUUUCAUCAGCGUAUGUUGCCUCAAUCCCCCCUUCUCGCAUAUGUACUGCAUGGGUAUAUUUCUCGCUUCCUACGCCUCUGUUCAUGGUUUUUGCCCUAAAACGAACUUAUACCAGACUGAAAUCUGAGAUUUAAUCAUGAAAUUCCUUAAUGGCUUUCAUGUUCAGGCAGUAAUUCCUGCAACUUUUUCAUCUUACUUAUAUACGC